AUGGAGAGACACACGACGGACUCGAGAGUCAAAGGUGUUAGUACAGGGACCACUAUCCUGGCUGUGAAGUUUAGAGGAGGAGUGCUCAUCGGCUCAGACUCACGGGCCUCCAUUGGAGGGUCUUAUGUGGCCUCCAGAGUGAUCAACAAGCUGAUCCAGGUACAUGACAGAAUAUUCUGCUGUAUCGCUGGCUCCCUGGCAGAUGCUCAAGCAGUCACUAGAGCAGCCAAAUUCCAGCUGUCAUUUCACAGUGUCCAGAUGGACUCCCCGCCUCUUGUUAAGGCAGCAGCCUCUGUUUUGCGAGAGCUGUGCUACAGCAACAAGGAAGAGCUGCAAGCUGGUUUCAUCACCGCUGGCUGGGACAAGAAGAAAGGCCCACAGGUGUAUACAGUGUCUCUAGGGGGCAUGUUGCUCAGCCUGCCCUUUACCAUUGGUGGGUCAGGCAGCACCUACAUCUACGGCUACGUGGAUGCAAAAUACAAGGCAGACAUGAGUCGUGAAGAGUGCCUGCAGUUUGCCACAAAUGCUCUCGCCUUAGCAAUGGGCAGAGACAAUGUAAGCGGUGGCAUCAUCCAUCUGGUGGUGAUCACAGAGGAAGGAGCGGAGCAUAUCGUCAUCCCUGGAGAUAAACUGCCCAAGUUCCACGAUCAGUAG